CCGUGUCUGAGCCAGAAAGGCCGCUGGUCAAAAGGCUCCGUCACGGCGCCGGUCUUCUCCUUUGCUCCCACAUGUCCUCCAAUAUCGCCGUCAGACCGUGUUAUACUAGAGACACAAAGUCAAAUGCACACGCCCAACCCGCCCAACCCGCCACUCGCCAGGUCCUAGCAGCGCUGCACCGUCCACCGUCGCCAACAACCCGCUCCCGGCUAGCGGCUCCCACGGCGACCAGACCCCGUCAGCCUUCCCAGUCGUCGUCUCCACAUCUACCUGCGCAUACGCCUGGCCGGCCUACCAAGCGCUACUUUCGCUCUGCUGCACCACCCCAUCAUCUCCAUCGCCUAGUCCAUCUCCAUCUCCGUCUUGUCCCAUCCUUUUCUUAUCCCGCCGUUCGCUCCUCGUCUCUGCCACCUCACCACGCCCUCGCAGCCCACCCCAGCCCGUCGCUUGUGUUCCCUCGCCAGCUGCCACUGCCACUACUUAUUACUCGUCGUCUUCGGCCUCUCCGCACAGCCAAGCCCUGCCUAGUUUCAGCGACGCGCGCCCGCCAGACGCCCCCCAACCUAAAGCGACUCGUCUGGUUUCACCUCUUCUUUCGGUGCGCACACAGCGUCUCACCUGUCCCCGGCAGCCCUACAAACCGCCUGCCGCCUCUGUCCUCACCUACCACAGUUCGUCUGUGCCCGAAAAGCAAGUCUCUCCCCGCCAAACACGCCUAUAUCCACACGCUUUCAGCCGCCGCCAGCGGCUGAUACUACGGCCAAAAUUACUCACCACGAAGCCCGCACAUCCCUCCUAGGAGGCCAACCUCUCAGCCGCAAUUACCCACCCUACGCUAACAGCACCUACCAACAACAUUAUCAACAACCGCCCAACCUGGAUACCCAGCCCGGAGGCUAUCACCAUCGUGAGGGCUUCCCCACGACUCUGCCGCCGCCCGUCCGACGUCCACCCAGAAUGUACAUUCCCAAC